GGCCCGCCGCAGGCCGCACCCAGUUCGGGCGGCGGGGGCGAGCUUAAGGGUUGAGAGGCGGAGAGGCCGGGUGGGCCGCGGUUGCGGACUAGGGUGCGCGCGGCGGACAGGGGGCGGAGCCAGGAUCGAGACUGAGCGGUGAGUCCAAGGCUACCCUCGGACCCCUAGCGAGUCGCUAGCUGCCCAGUAUUUGCCUAGGAAUCUAGAAAGGUUGUGCCAUGAAUGGUGACACUCGGGCUGCCGUGGUGACCUCACCACCCCCAACCACAGCUCCUCACAAGGAGAGGUACUUCGACAGAGUGGAUGAGAACAACCCAGAGUACUUGCGGGAGAGGAACAUGGCGCCUGAUCUUCGCCAGGAUUUCAAUAUGAUGGAGCAGAAGAAGAGGGUGUCCAUGAUUCUGCAGAGUCCUGCUUUCUGUGAAGAAUUGGAAUCAAUGAUACAAGAACAGUUCAAGAAGGGGAAGAACCCCACAGGCCUGUUGGCGUUACAGCAGAUCGCUGACUUCAUGACGGCAAAUGUGCCCAGCGUCUACCCGGCAGCUCCGCAGGGCGGGAUGGCGGCCUUAAACAUGAGUCUUGGUAUGGUGACCCCUGUGAACGACCUCAGAGGUUCUGACUCCAUCGCGUAUGACAAAGGGGAGAAGCUGCUGCGGUGUAAGCUGGCCGCCUUCUAUAGGCUGGCCGACCUCUUCGGGUGGUCUCAGCUCAUCUACAAUCACAUCACGACCAGAGUGAACUCGGAGCAGGAACACUUCCUCAUCGUUCCUUUUGGGCUUCUCUACAGUGAAGUUACCGCGUCCAGCUUGGUUAAAAUAAACCUCCAAGGUGAUGUAGUGGACCGUGGGAGCACUAACCUGGGAGUCAACCAGGCUGGCUUCACGCUGCACUCCGCCAUCUAUGCCGCCCGGCCGGAUGUCAGGUGCAUCGUGCACAUACACACCCCCGCAGGGGCUGCGGUGUCUGCCAUGAAAUGUGGCCUCCUGCCCAUCUCUCCGGAGGCGCUGUCCCUCGGAGAGGUGGCGUACCACGACUAUCAUGGUAUUCUGGUUGAUGAGGAGGAAAAGGUGUUGAUCCAGAAGAAUCUGGGGCCUAAGAGCAAGGUGCUCAUUCUGCGGAACCACGGGCUGGUGUCAGUUGGAGAGAGUAUAGAGGAGGCCUUCUACUAUAUCCAUAACCUGGUGGUGGCCUGUGAGAUCCAGGUUCGCACUCUGGCCAGCUCAGGAGGACCAGACAACUUAGUUUUGCUGGACCCCGGGAAGUACAAAGCCAAAUCCCGUUUCCCGGGACCCCCGGUUGGGGAAGGCAGCGGGUCACCUCCCAAGUGGCAGAUUGGGGAGCAGGAAUUUGAAGCUCUCAUGCGGAUGUUGGAUAAUCUGGGCUACAGAACCGGUUACCCUUACCGAUACCCAGCUCUGAGAGAGAAAUCUAAAAAGUACAGCGAUGUGGAGGCUCCUGCUAGUGUCACGGGCUACUCCUUCGCCAGUGACGGUGACUCGGGCACUUGCUCCCCACUCAGACACAGUUUUCAGAAGCAGCAGCGGGAGAAGACAAGGUGGCUGAACUCUGGCCGGGCCGAGGAAGCUUCCGAGGAAGGGCAGAAUGGAAGCAGCCCCAAGUCGAAGACUAAGGUGUGGACGAACAUUACACACGAUCACGUGAAACCCUUGCUGCAGUCUCUCUCGUCCGGUGUCUGCGUGCCAAGCUGUAUUACCAACUGCUUGUGGACUAAGGAGGAUGGACAUAGAACUUCCACCUCUGCCGUCCCUAACUUGUUUGUUCCAUUGAACACUAACCCCAAAGAAGUCCAGGAGAUGAGAAACAAGAUCCGAGAGCAGAACUUGCAGGACAUCAAGACGGCCGGCCCCCAGUCCCAGGUUUUGUGUGGUGUAGUGAUGGACAGGAGCCUCGUCCAGGACGCACCUCUCUCUGACUGUACGGAAACUAUCGAAGGGCUCGAGCUUACAGAGCAGACCUUUAGCCCCGCUAAGCCUCUCUCUUUUAGAAAGGGGGAGCUGGUGACUGCGUCCAAGGCCAUUAUCGAGAAGGAGUACCAGCCCCACGUCAUCGUGAGCACCGCGGGCCCCAACCCCUUCCAGGCGCUCACCGACCGCGAGCUGGAGGAGUACCGCAGGGAGGUGGAACGCAAGCAGAAGGGCUCAGAAGAAAAUCUGGGUGACUCUAGAGAACAGAAAGAAAAGAGUCUACCAGACCAGCCGGCCGAGCCUCACACCCCCCCCAGCACCCCUGUCAAGCUGGAGGAAGACCUCCCGCAGGAGCUGCCCUCUGCAGAUGACAGUGAUGCCACCACCUUGAAGCCAACUCUCCCUGACCUGUCCCCCGACGAGCCUUCAGAAGCACUGGGCUUCCCACCAGUGCAGGAGGAGGAGGAAGAGGAGGCCCCAAGCAUCCGCCAGCCUCCCACUGCAGUAGAGCCAGAGCCGGCCUCACCCCCAAUGGCUGAAAAGGUGGCUUCUCCGGCUGCUGAGGAAGGAACUGCCAUGGACCCCAGCAGCGAUGGGUCCCCAGGCAAGUCCCCGUCCAAGAAGAAGAAGAAGUUCCGCACACCCUCCUUCCUGAAGAAAAGCAAGAAACGUGACUCCUGAAGGCCCCUGUGUACCACACUGUCCCGUCAGAAGCUACUCCAGCCCCAGGGUCCUGAUUGGGUCAUGUUCUGUCCUCUUGUGUAACGGAAUGCCUCCUACAGCUAUAGCCCCACCGCGCCCCUCGUGGUCAGCCCUGUAGUGGUGAGAGUGUCCCCCGGCCUGGGGAGCGGCCGUGUCCUUCCACAGGGGCCCGUCGUGGCUUUGGCUGGAAGGUCCCGAAGUGUUGCCCCUCCAGUCAUAGGUGUGCUCUCCAAGGCCUGCCCUCUCACUCCUCCUCAUGAUGUGAUGCACCCUGUUCCUGCUUGGCUUGCCAGCCCAGGUGACUCAGGUGACCAACUCCGACUCGUGGCUUCUGCUGGCUCAGUGAUCCCUUUGUCCUGCGCACAGCCCUGUCCCAUGGAUGCCCUCGCAUGCCCACCUUGGCUGAGCCUAAGGCUCCCUGCAGAGCUGGGCCCAGGCUGAGGCAGCUGAACCCUGCUAGGUGGCCCAUGUGCACCCAGCACGAUGCUAUGCAUGGUCUUAGAGUGACCCUGCCCCAAACCAGAUUCAGGAGUUCCUAGGGCCUUGCUCACUGGUCUCUAGGUUCGGGGGGGGGGGGGGGCACUCCAGGAAGGAACAAUCCUUUCUAGAAUUUUCCUUAAGCAGGUUUGCCAUGUAGCCUCAUUUUGACUGUGAAUACGAACGGCGUUGUGUGUUUUCUCAGUAGAGCCCGGGGCAGGCUGUGAUGGAGUGCUGGUCACCUGGUUUGGGCGUUUUGGAAUGGAGUGGGGCCCGUACCCACCUUACCUCAGCCUGAGGGCAUCCUGGUUUUGGUGAACGUAACUCAAGGUGUCCCUGGCACAGUGCCAUCUACGAGCCCACACUUUCUUCCCCUUGGCUGGCAGUGGUGGACUCUACCCAUCCGUGCAGACAGCUGAGGCUCAGCAGACAUGGCCAGGUGAUGACCUGAGGGCUGCCCUGUGCUGGCCUGGCCCGCAGGGGACAGCCCUGUGGAGUGCUGGAGCCAGAGGUGGGCUCAGGUCCCAGGGCUGCUGCGGCAGUGGGAAGUCCCCUACACUCCUGGGCUCUUCUCCCCCCCCCCCCCAUAUGCAAUGACCAUACUUUUCACUUUUGUAGUCUAAUUCUUUGUAUUACAACAUGAAAUACAGUUGCAUAUACGGACUAGACUUUGAGGACUCCUCCACGAUGUACUUUCUUCAUUGUAACAUGUUUUACUCACAAUAAAACUCUUUAAGCAGUUUC